AUGGACAAGACGUCAGCGCCCCCGGUAUCAGAUGACCUACCGAUCUAUCGAACACGGGGGCGAGCCAUUGGCGUUUCCUUCAAAGAUGUAACGGUUGAGGGAUCCAGCGCGGGCCAGCGAACCGUCUAUGACCUACCUCAUAUCCUUGCCGAUAUCGUCUGCGCGCCAUACCUACUGCUACGAGAGAAGAUCGGCAAUAAGCCUCGACCGAGACGAAACAUCCUUCAAGACAUGACUGGACUGGUACCCCCAGGUGAAACUAUGUUGGUCCUCGGUCGCCCAGGCUCAGGCUGCACGACACUUUUGAAGACCGUAGCCAAAAGCUGGGAUUCAUUUGCGGCAGUGAAGGGCGAUAUACAAUACGCCGGCAUGUCGGCGGAUGAUAUCCCUGCCGCACUCAAAUCAGAGAUCAUUUACUGUUCCGAGGAUGAUCAACAUUUCCCAACGCUCCCGGUGAAGUACACGAUGGAUUUUGCGCUUAAAUUGCGCCAUCCUGCCGACAGUCUGAUGCCCGACGGUGCCUUCUCGGAGGAGUAUACGAAGCGCUUGCUGGUCUCCCUAGGCAUCCCACAUACGGCCAAUACGAUUGUUGGAGACUCUUUCACUCGCGGGGUUUCUGGUGGAGAGCGACGCCGCGUGUCCCUGGCAGAAGUUUUGGCUACCAAUCCAGCGCUUGCGUGUUGGGAUAAUCCUAUUCGUGGCCUGGACAGCUCGUCGGCGUUGGAUUUCUUGCGCCUGUUGAAGCGCAUGUCGGUAGCGACGGGUAUGAGCAAUGUGACGACAUUAUAUCAGGCCUCCGAGAGCAUGUAUCAAGACUGCUUCGACCGAGUCGUGGUCUUGUACGAUGGCCGUCUGAUCUACUCAGGCCCGGCAAGUAGCGCCAAGUCGUACUUCCAGGGGUUGGGCUUUUAUUGCCCCGAGCGACAGACUACCCCAGAGUUUCUGACGUCCAUUACCUCGCCAGCCGAGCGACAGGUCAGCCCAGAAUACAACGGGCCUUUAUAUCUCGACGCCGACUCCCUUGCGAAGGCCUUCCAGCGGAGCUCUCACUUUGAGCAGCUUCAAAUCCAAAUCCAAGAGUAUACAACUAAUUACCAAUUAAACCCUGAGCCUCAAAAAGAGUUUCGCGAAAGCGCGACGGAGAUCCGUUCCAAGCAGGCAUUGAAGCACGCUAUUGAGCCCGCUUCACAAUGGGGUCAGAUCGUCAUAGGUACCCAGAGGUACUACAGACUGUUCUGGGGAGACCGCAACACUUUCUUCACGGUCCUAGCUCUGUGCAUUGUCAAUGCUCUCAUCACCGGGUCCGGGUUCUACGCAGCCCCAAAGACAGCGUCGGGGUCGUUCGAAAGAAGUGGCGCGGUCUUUUUUGCCGCCGUGUACUUCUGCAUGACUGCUCUGACCGAGGUGGUUAAGACUGUGAAUUCCCGGGCGAUUCUCCUGAAGCAGCACAAUCUCGGGCUUAUAAGUCCUGCAGCAUAUGCGGUUAUUCAGACUAUUGCUGAUAUACCAUGCGCGCUAAUCCAAACGAUCAUGUUCUCGAUUUGCUACUAUUUCAUCAUCGGUCUCAGCCUCAGCGCAUCUCAGUUCUUCAUAUUCUUCUUGAUCGUGUUCGUGCACUUCUCGGCCAUCUCGAGCAUGUUCCGCAUGCUAGGUGCCUGGUCUCCCAGCUUCAGCAUCGCGCGUCUUUUUGCCGGCUGUGCGCUCCCAAUAUCAUGUGUCUACGCCGGAUACGCGCCUCCGGUCCCUUCCAUGCAUCGCUGGGGAUCGUGGAUACGAAGAAUCACCCCGACACCCUUUGCCGUGGAAGCAAUGCUGGGAAACGAGUUUUAUAACGUCGUUCUUCACUGUACCGAGUCGCAGCUGAUUCCCUCUGGACCUGGUUACGAUGAUAUUCGUUACCAGGCCUGCCCGAUGCAAGGUUCAGAACAGGGGUCUGCUCUUGUGGAUGGAGCGGUCUAUGCGAAGGGUAUGUAUGGCGCCACGCGCAGCCAUCUAUGGCAAGACUUUGGCAUUAUACUGGUCUUCUGGUUCCUCUAUACAGUCAUUGGUGCCGUAGGGCUCACUACCAUGACGCGUGAUAGCGGCAACGCGACCGGCCCCGUGUACAAGCGCAACACAACCAUUUCGCAGGGAGAAGAAGCCACUCAGGAUCAAGCGGAUGACAUCGAAAAACAGAUAGUCGACACGCCACCGACGUCGAGAGACAAAAAGGACCCCAACGAGAACAAUAUCAGCACCUCAGAUGCCUCUACUAUUGGGACUGGCGAGAUGAAGACCACAGAAACGGACGAAACCCCAACAGCAGAGAAUAGCGUGAGCUUCACCUUCAACAACCUGAGCUACUGGGUCAACGCAGGAGGGGAAGAACGACAGUUGCUUAAAAACGUGGCUGGCUACGUGAAGCCUGGCCAAUUGACAGCUCUGAUGGGUGCAUCCGGCGCCGGAAAGACGACGCUCCUGGACAAUCUCUCGCGUCGAAAGACCGAGGGGCGAGAAGAGGGUGAAAUUCUGCUAAAUGGACAGCCCCUCGGUAGCUCAUUUGCGCGUUCUUGUGGAUUUUGUAUGCAGCAAGACAUCCAUGAGCGGACGGCAACUGUUCGAGAGGCCUUGCAGUUCUCUGCGCAUUUACGACAACCCACACAUGUCCCCAAGUCCGAGAAGAUGGAGUACGUCGAACAGGUCAUUCGUUUGUUGGAGCUUGAGAACAUUGCAGACGCCUUGAUUGGCGAGACUGGUGACGGACAGUUGAACGUGGAGGAACGAAAGCGCGUAACAAUUGCCGUGGAACUCGCUGCGAAACCGUCAUCCCUCUUGUUCCUCGAUGAGCCCACGUCCGGUCUUGACAGCCAAGCGGCCCAUUCCAUUGUGGUCUUCUUGCAAAAGAUCGCUGCCCAGGGAGUUCCGAUAGUGUGCACAAUCCACCAGCCAUCUGGUGUUCUUUUUGAAUUAUUUGAUCAUGUCAUACUUCUUGCCCCCGGAGGCCGAACCGUUUAUUUUGGAGAGACUGGCAACAAUGCCUCGACAGUAGCGGACUACUUUGCCCGAAACGGUGCAGUGAUGAAGCUUGAAGACAAUCCAGCCGAGUUUAUCAUCUCUACCGUCGUCAACAAGGGAGAAGGAAGCAAAGACUGGCCCGAGAUCUGGAACACGUCGCCAGAGUCUGCCGCACUCCAGAGAAAGAUACAGGCGAUCAACCAAUCCUCUUGCCAUGCCGCAGACCACAAUCCUGCUCCUGACUCUAAUCGCCAGUACGCCCUGGGCUUGCCAGCCCAGAUCGUGGCCCUUACUAAAAGACACUGGACAGCUGUCUGGCGGGACGGACAAUACAACUUCAGCAGACUGUCAAAGUCCAUUUUUAUGGAACUGAUCAUCUCCUUUACGUUUUUCCACAUCAAGGACACAGCGAACGGCUUGCAAAACCAUAUGCUUGGUGUUCUACUUUCAAGCUGGGUAGUUGUAGCUAUGGCCUCGGACGUGCAGGCUGUCUGGCAUGAGAAAUGGUCGAUAUUUGAAGCUCGAGAACGCAACGGAAUCUACGACUGGAAAGCUCUUCUCUCUGCAAUCUGGAUAGUUGAGAUUCCCUGGCAUAUAUGCAUCUAUACUACCAUCUUCUUCUGCAUCUACUGGACAUUUGGAUUCUCCAGCACAGCCAGCAUCGCAGGGUUUGUCUACUUCAUGUAUUUGCUAUUUGCAAUGUUUGGACUCGGUGUCACCUAUCUCACUGCGGCAUUAUUCCCCAAUGACACAAUGUCGGGCUAUGCCAUCUCCUUACUUUGGGUGACAUUGCUUAUGUUCUCUGGCGCAGCAAACCCACAUAGCGCGCUGAACAGCUUCUACGAACCGUGGCUGUGGUGGGCGGACCCUCUCACAUAUUUCUUUGAGCCCGCCGUCUCGACAGUCUUGCAUGAUGUCAAGGUCCACUGUGCGCCCGAAGAUAUGGCUAUUUUCAGUCCCCCGUCGGGAAAAUCCUGUCUACAGUAUGCCCAGGACUACCUACAGAGAAACCCUGGGUAUCUGGAGAACCCGCAUGCUAUGGAGAACUGCAGCUACUGCCCCUACUCUGUCGGUGACGAUUUUGCAGAGUCACUGCACUAUUACUUCUCCGUACGAUGGAGGGACCUGGGCGUAUUCAUUGCGUUCUGCAUCACCAAUAUUGUGUUGACCUUUUUCAUUGUUUGGGUUUUACGUGUCAAGCUGCGUCUCCACAAGUAA